GCCGCCGCCGCCGCCGCCGCGCUGGAGGCCAUGGUGCUGGACCCGGGGGCGGCGGCGGCCGGAGGGCUGGGCCCCAGCGCCGCUCCGCGCCUGCCGCCCCGCCAUGGCCCGCCGCUCUGCUCCUGCCCGUCCCCCCCCCCCCCGCCGCCGCCGGGCCCGGCACCCGCGCCCCGUUGCCCGCGGGGGACCCGGCGCCUGUCGGAAACCGGCGCCGGGAUGCGGCGGAGCGAAGGCGCGGCGGGGCGCGGGGGGAUGCGCGCCGCCGCCUCCCUGCCCCACAUCGCGCGGGGGCGGGGGGAGGAGGGCGGCGGGCGGCGGAGCCCCUGCCUGCUCGUAGCGCUGCGGCCCCGCAACGUGGAGGCGGAACGGGAGCGGUUCUUCCGCGCCAGCUUCGCCUACGACCCGCAGUUCGAGUACGCCGAGCCGGUGCCCGCCGCCGUGCUGGAUAAGUACGGAGCCGCCUCCGAUCGCUUCGUGGCUCAGGCGAUCAGGAUCAUUCGUGCCGUCCUGGAGAAGUACGGGACCUACGAGAGCUUCGAAGUCGCCACGGGCGGGAGGCUGCUGAGCAAGUGCCAGAUCUGGUCCGUGAUCCGAAAGUACAUGCAGAAGGAAGGCUGCCUGGGAGAGGUGGUGGUGCAGCUCACCGACGACCUCCUGUCCCAGGCGGUGAUGAUGGUGGAGGACAGCCGGCCGACGCUGGCCAUCAACCUGGCCGGAGCCCGGCAGCACUGGCUGGAGGGGAUGCUGCGCCACGAGAUAGGCACCCACUACAUCCGGGGGGUGAACAACACCCGCCAGCCCUGGCACAGCUCCGAGGGCCGCAAGCAGUACAGCCUGAAGCCUGCCAACCCCACGGAGGAAGGCCUGGCCAGCCUGCACAGCGUCCUCUUCCGCAAGCAGCCCUUCCUGUGGCGGGCAGCCCUGCUCUACUACACCAUCGAGAGGGCCAGCCGCCUCUCCUUCUCCGCCCUCUUCCAGGACCUGGAGCAGUACGUCCAGGACGCCGGCGUCCGGUGGGAAUACUGCGUGCGGGCGAAGCGGGGCCAGACCGACACCUCACGGCCAGGCUGUUUCAGUAAGGACCAGGUUUACCUGGACGGGAUUCUCCGCAUCCUGCGCCAUCGCCAGACCAUCGACUUCCCGCUGCUGGCUGCGCUUGGAAAGGUCUCCUAUGAAGAUGUGAAUCGACUGAAGAAAUUUGGGGUCCUGGAGAAAGCCCGCAUCCCCCAUUUCAUGCAGGACCUGGAGCGGUACAUGAAGCAGCUGGACCACAUCGUCACCACCAACGGCCUGAACGAGGAGGAGCUGGAGCAGCUGCUGCCUGACUGAGGGGCAUUUCCCCCCUCAACACGCUCCCCCCCCCCCCCCCCCCCCCCCAAACACCCCAAGGGUGUAACUGGUGCCAUUUAUUGGAUAUUUACUGGGGCUGGAGCCUGGAGGAGAGGGCAGAGCCUGGGCUUCCCCCCUGCCCCCGGGGUGGGGGGGCCACUGUGCAUGUACUGCUGUGUUAGGGUAGCGUGGCCGAGAGAGGGCCGGUGUGGUUAGUGUUGAUGUGUGUGUGUCCCCCACCCCACCCCACCCCGUCCCCUGUGUGUUUUGGGGAUGGCUGCGCAGCUCCGCGGGGCUUCGGGGAGCUGGAGAAGAGGGGUCAGAGGGGAGGGAGGGCAGAGCUGGGGAGAUGUGCUGGUCCCCCAGAGGUGCAGGAGGCUUUGCUGGGGUAGUUGCAAUGUUGGGGGCUGGGGGGGGGUGUGUGAAUGCCCUUAGGGGACCAGGGGGUGCUCCCAGCAGAGCGGGGGCACCUACUCAGGUCCUGGAGACGGGGCUGGGGGCUCUGGGCUGUGCCUGGCAGGGAAUAAGGGCUGGCCCGUACCCCCCCGAUUGCCCUGUGCAUGCAUUUCCUGCUGACUCCUUCCCUUGUGGCCCCCCCCCCCAUGAGCAGGAAGGAUUUUAAUCCCUCAAAUACCAACCUCUGCUCUCCCCCACCCUCUCCACCUUGUAGAUAUUUGCCCACAAUUAACCAUCGCUCUGCACCCCAACUACAGCCGCUCUGCCCGGCUCUGAGGCACAGGACUAUUCCAGGUGGGGAUUGGGCUUGAUGUAAGGAAAAAGCGUGUAAUAAAAAUGAUGUAAUGGAGACAAUGUUUGGGCAAAAGGUUGUGGAUAGCAUCAAAAGCCCAGCUGGCACCACUGUGACCAGGGACUGCGCGUCUCGCUCGCACAAGCGAAGCUGCAUGGCUCCCAGCUGGUGCGUCAGGAGCAGGAAGGGGUCACGGGAGUGUACAACAACAUACCGGGCAGGGACAACGUUAAUAAAUCAAAGCAGGCAAAAGCAGAAGCUGCUCCGAGCUGUUCCUGGUCCCUAACACGGGGUCUCUGCAGCAGCCAUGGCACCCUGGCUUUACCACCCCCUGGGAGAGCCCUUUUUUCAAUAAAAAACAAAACAACUCCCA